AUACCUUUCCCCACCCCCAACUCCCCAACGAUUCCCGUCUCCCUCCGACCCGCGCGGCAGCGCACAUAUCGGGCUCCGCCGGCGGCCGUUCUACAUGAGAGCAGGAGCUUCAGGGACGACGGCUGAUGAGCUUCACGGUGGCGGCACCUUGACUUCCUCCCCCAAAUCCCAGGACAUAAUGGCAGAUGUCCAGUUAGGCUGUUACACUAUAAAGUCCCAUGGAGCCAAAAUUGCAAGACUCCACAUGUAUGACUGGAUAAUACUUGUCCUCCUUGCUGUCCUAGAUGGAUUGUUGAAUAUAAUUGAACCUUUUCACCGUUUCGUUGGGAAGGACAUGAUGACUGACUUGAGAUAUCCCUUAAAGGGCAAUACUGUGCCCUUUUGGGCUGUUCCGGUCAUUGGAAUCGUCUUACCCUGUGCUAUAUUUGGUGGAAUUUACUUCAAGAAGAAGAAUUUCUAUGAUUUGCACCAUGGCAUAUUGGGUAUUCUUUAUUCGGUGCUCAUAACUGCGGUGAUUACUGAUGCAAUUAAGGAUGGAGUUGGCCGACCACGUCCUGAUUUCUUCUGGCGAUGUUUCCCAGAUGGAAAGGAUCUUUAUGAUAAUGUCACUACUGGUGUUCUUUGCCAUGGAGAGAACAGUGUCAUCAAGGAAGGUCACAAGAGCUUCCCAAGUGGACACUCAUCAUGGUCUUUCGCCGGCCUGGGCUUCCUCACGUGGUACCUAACUGGGAAAAUUGCAGUUUUCGAUCGUAAAGGCCAUAUCGCAAAGCUGUGCAUCAUUGUUCUGCCUCUACUUGCUGCCGCGCUCGUAGCCGUUUCUAGAGUGGAUGACUACUGGCAUCACUGGCAAGAUGUGUUUGCUGGAGCUAUCAUAGGUUUGCUUGCCAUUUGUCGUUGUUGCGUAAACUGGUUACACAGGCCUCACAGUGGCUUCAUUCUGUUACCUGCAAUUUUUCCCGUACCCUUUCGACGCAGACGGGUUGUGGCCUCACGCGUACAACACCCUCCAGCUAGCCGAGGCGGGCAUUGCCGCAAACUCCUUCAGCAUGCAGCCCACGGAGGAGACGGUGGAAGAAGGGCAAGGUCAGGGUGGGAUCGCCCUGAGAGACGCCCUAAGACGUGAUGAAAACUAGAUCCUGAGAGACGCCCUAAGACGUGAUGAAAACUAGGACAUCCGACGACACCCUAACUACAAUGGUUAAUGUUUUCUAUGCACGUCGCAGGCGGCUAUCUGGGAGCUGUUUUUCUCAUGCACAGUUCGGUUGGUUUGUUGGUGUGUUACAUACCUGCUGGUGUUUUGUCACCUCUAUGUAUGUAUGGGUUUUCACCGUUUGUUUGUGAGAGGUUGAUGACUGCAUAGUUAGGCCAGUGAGGAUCUGGGCUGUACAUUACUAGUUAGUGCUUUAGUUGGUGAGGCCAUUGUGCAUUAAUUUUUUCUUGCUUUUCAGCAAGCAGUAUGUAUAUAUGAUUGCUUUGCUUUGCUUUGCUUUGUUAUCAACGUGUUAUUAUGAUUGGCUGCAUUGAUACAUAUAAUAAGUUUUCUUUUGGAAAUAUCUAAUUCAGGAAAGAAAGAAAAAACUACAAACAUCCAAGUUAUACUCCCUCUGUCCAAAAAUACUUAUCAUACUUCAUUAUUUCAAUGCAAGGAAAAUGAAUUUGUUGCUUCAACCUUCCCAGAAAUGAUUUGUAAACCAACAGCUUUUGUUAAAAGCCAUUUGCUCAAGGAAGCUAUUCCAGUUCCACAUUGUCGAACAUAAACGCUGUGAUCUAUGAAAACGCUGCCAAAUCUCAUAGAUAAAUAAUAGCGAUCCAUGUAGUAUAAACAUUCAACACAGAACGAAAAUUGACAGAGAUAACUCGAGACAAUAGGCACUUAGAAUCACGAAGCAAAGAACCUAGUCAUACAAAACCCAGUCCUCAUACUACAAGAAGUUCCAAAAUUAUCUUGGUACGUUGGUGUCUCACCACCCUUGUAAAAA